AUGCACAUCAAACUACAAGACCCGUCAGUGGCACUGUACAAAGUUAGAGUGGUUCGCAAUUACACAGAUAGCAGUACAACAUAUGGAAGUGUAGAUGGUAGUUUUAAAUUACAAAAACUUAACUUGCUCGUUAAUUUCCAACCUGAGCUUUUGACGUGGGUGGAAAGUUUGGUUGCAUUCAAUCAGGCAUAUUCCAACGAAGCAGAAUCAAUGUUUCAAAUUGUGAAGAAUUUCGCUUCCGAAAUUAAUAUGGAAGAAGUGUUUUCAAUAAUGACAGAAGAUCCAAGGUGGGAAUAUGUUGCUGAGCAUAUUAAAGGUGACCUAAAUAUCCCUCUGAAAGCUAGAAUAUUACCAAGUCUGUUACGCAAACUCAUGAGGCUUGACCUGACAGGACCAAAUAUUUUGAAAAGCAACGACUUUAAGCAAUGGCUGGAAUACUCGGUCUUUUUCAAUUUCUUAAAAAUCCCCUCUUUGGAAGACCAACCCGUGUUAACAAUUCUUAAGACAACAGUGAAGACAAACACAAAGACUUUGAUCGAGCGUUUAAAGCAGGCAACUAAAGUUGAAGCUAUAACGCCGUGGAGACACCAAGUGGGAAGGUUAAUAAAAAUACCUUCGACCGAAGAAGGCCAAUUGAUAAGCGCAUGGUUAGAUUAUGUCUCCACUCUCGAAUACCUGCCUCUUGGCUGGAAUGUGGCUACUAUGUACAGGACUAUCUAUCCAGAAAAUGAUCGUUUCUUAAGCCUUGCUUCGACGCAUUCACAUUCCCAUGGUUCCAUAGAAAAUACAGCGCUAGUAGUCCCGGAGCUUGAAAACGCUGUGAAGGAUACACAAGCGAGGCUUGCUAAUUUAUACAAGUCUAAAGAGGACAAGAGAGCAAAAGAUAUAAGCUUUUAA